AUGCCGUCGCACACCAUCUCGGCUGUUGCCGACGACCACUCGUCGUCGACCGACACAGCCCGCGACGACCUGCACCGCUUCGAGCAGAACCACCAAAACGACCCGAACCUGCCGGCCGAGAAGCUCGCCGCCGUGCACGAUGCGCUCGCUCGCGACGACGCCAAGGAGUUGGCCGCCACGGAUGCGCUCCUUGCGCAGGACUCGCCGUACGAGGAGGUGCGCGUGGCGGUGCGCAACACGGACGGCGGCGAGGUGGCCAACACGGUGCGCGCCUGGAUCCUCGGCAUGCUCUUUGUGACGCUCGGCGCGGGCUUGAAUAUGUUUCUAAGCAUGAGGAGCCCAGCGAUUGCGUUCCCAGCCAUCAUCAUACAGCUCCUGGUAUACCCCAUCGGCUGCUUCUGGGCGCGCGUCGUACCCAUGCGGACAUUCCGCCUCUUCGGUCUCGCGUGGACCUUUAACACCGGGCCCUUUACCAUCAAGGAGCACACCGUCAUCACGCUCAUGGCCAACGUCACCUUUGGCUACGCCUACAGCACCGACGCCCUGCUCGCGCUCCAGGGCAGGCCCUUUUACGACCGCAACCUCGGCUGGGGCUUCUCUCUGCUCUUCACCCUCAGCUCCCAGCUCAUCGGCAUCUCCUUUGCCGGCGUCUUUCGCCGCUUCCUCGUCUGGCCCGCCGCCAUGCUGUGGCCCGCCCAAUUCUCCAGCACCACGCUUUUUUACGCGCUCCACGACCGAGGGCGCCACGGCGCGGCAGCAGCCGACGGCUGGCGCAUCAGCCGCUACAGCUGGUUCUGCCUGGCCGGGCUGAGCAUGUUUGCGUACUACUGGCUUCCGGCUGUUCUGUUCCAGGGGCUGGCCGUCUUUUCCUUCCCCACCUGGAUCAGGCCGGAUAGUGUCGUCGUCAACCAGCUGUUUGGCGGCUACUCGGGGCUCUCCCUCCUGCCCAUUACCUUUGACUGGACCUAUGUCACUGCGUAUCUCGGUAACCCGCUUCUCGCGCCCACGCACUCUCACAUCAACACGCUCAUCGGCCUCUUCUGCUUUAUGCUGCUUCCCAUUAUCGGCAUUACCUACAGCGGGGCGCUGUGGUCCAAGUACCUACCUCUGGUCACGUCGCAGGUCUACGACAAUACUCAAAAUGCCUAUCAGGUAAACAAGAUUCUGGGCCCUGGCUUCACGUUCAGCGAGAAAAACUACAAGGACUACUCGCCCUUGUUUCUCACCCCUGCCCUGGCCCUCAACUACGGCCUCUCCUUUGCGGCGCUCAUGUCCACGCUUGUACACACGAGCCUGUACCAUGGCAAGGAAAUCUGGCACCGAUUCCGCUCCUCGCGCAACCAGGAGCCCGAUGUUCAUCUAAAGCUCAUGAAGAAAUACGACGAAGCCCCCGAGUGGUGGUACGGCGCGCUCUUUUUGUUCUCGCUCGCUCUGGGCCUGGCCACCGUGCUGGCAUAUGACUCCCAGCUUCCGUGGUGGGCAUUCUUCAUCUCCCUCCUCCUGGCGCUCAUCUUCAUGAUACCCAGCUCCAUGAUUCUGGCCGUGUCCAACAUUGUCAUAAGCCUCAACGUCCUCUCGGCCUUUUUGGCAGGCUUCAUGAUUCCCGGACGGCCCAUUGGCGUCAUGAUCUUCAAAGUGUUUAGCGUCAUCACUCUCGGGCAGGCACAGACUUAUUCUAGUGACCUGAAGCUUGGACACUACAUGAAGAUUCCACCCAAGGUGACCUUUUGGUGCCAGGUCAUUCCUACGAUUUGGGCCGUCUUUGUGCAAAUUGCCGUCAUGAACUGGACGCUGGGCAACAUUGAGAACGCUUGCGACAAUCGCCAAAAAGACCACUUCACCUGCCCGAAUGGCCGCGCUUUCUUCUCCUCCAGCAUCGUCUGGGGUGUCAUUGGCCCGCGGCGCAUGUUUGGCGUCGGUGGCAUGUACAGCUACUUCAACUUGUUCUGGAUCGGCGGCGCCGUCCUCCCUGUCAUUUUAUACCUCCUUUCUUAUAAAGUAGGCAUCAAAUUCUUUCGUCAUUUCAAUGCGCCCAUCAUGUUUGGGUCCAUGGCCUGGCUUCCGCCGGCCACACCGCUGAGCUUCUCCUCCUGGGCCAUUGUCGGCCUGAUCUUCAACAAAUGGAUUCACAACCGAUGGAACGGUUGGUGGUCAACGUACAACUACAUCACAGCGUCAGCUCUCGACGCGGGCUUGAUUUUGAGCACUGUACUCAUCUUCUUUGCGAUAACAUUCCCAGGAGUCCCUAUACCGCAGUGGUGGGGUAAUGUGGCCGUACAAAACACUCUUGAUGCGUCGUACACUGCGAUUCUCAAGACGGUGCCAGUGAAUGGCACGUUUGGACCAGAGUCGUGGUGA